AUGUCUGGUAAGCGCGCAACCCGCAAAUCCCAACUGGCCGUUGAGCCCCAAGUACCUCCACCAUCAUCGACGGCCUCAUCCCAUGAGUCGAACGAACAUGAUGGAGAACCAAUCGCCGGCAACAGUCAAUCGACUAUGGUGUCGCAGAGGCAGACUCGGAACAACGCAAAACACGCAGAGGAUCUAACAAACCACGCGUCUACAAUAGGCGAACAAGAAGCCCGUCGCUCCUCCCGCGCCACCAAGGGUCAGCACACCAAGGCCUUCGAUCAACUCGAGAACCCCCAGGCUCCUAAGAAGAAGGCUGCCGCCGCCGCCGCCGCCGCCUCGUCCAAGAAGAGUAAAAAGGUCGAAAAGGAAGAAAAGGAAGAGGAAGUUGAGGACGAGGAGAUCAUCCGUUGUGCAUGUGGCGCGACCACUCAAGAAGAUGACGACCCUAACGAACCCUGGAUUGCUUGCGAGCAGUGUGGCGCUUGGCAGCACAAUGUGUGUAUGGGCAUGAGUGUUUUCGACGAGGAUCUACCUAAGGAGUAUUUCUGCGAACAAUGUCGGCCCGAGGACCACAAGGAGCUGCUUGCCGCAACAGCUAAAGGAGAGCAAUUAUGGAUUACACGCCGACAAAAGCAUGAAGAGGAGUCCAAGAAGAAGAAAUCGGGCGGCAAGAAGGGAAAGAAACGAGCAAGCGACACCAAGGACAAGGACCGAUCCUCUCCAGCCGCCUCCACCACCAAGUCCAAAGCCUCUCCUGCCCCGGAAGUCAAAAAGGAGGACGAGUCCACCAAAGCAAAACGCAAGUCGCGAGAUCAUUCUCAAGGUCCUGCGAAUAAGGUGCGCAAGGUUGCUGAGACACGCACAGUACCAGCACUGCCCAAGUAUACGCCGCCGGCCGACCUGGCAGAAAGCAUCGAUAAAUUGGAGGGUACAAGGAAGAGUCGUGCCGAUGGGCUUCGCAAGUCUCUCGAAGUUGCUAUUGAUCAAGCUGUCAAGAACAAGCUCUUCAAGAUUCCCAAGGACACGGCCAAGAUCGCCAUUGCUGAGCGUCAUGCCAUUGAGAUUGAACGCGCGGUGCAUGAUACUCAUCCCAACGCAACUGCGAAUGCCAAUCAAACACGCACACUUGUUUUCAAUCUAAAGAAGAAUGUUGAGCUAGCUGCGCGCGUCUUGAAUCGCACUCUCACUGCCCCUGCUUUGGCUGGCAUGACAAGCGAUGAUAUGCAAACUGAGGAGUUGCAACGCAAAACGGCGCAGAUGAAAGAGCUUGCAGACAAGCAAUCUGUACUAAUCACCGACGAUGGUCCUCGAGUGAGACGUACUCACAAAGGGGAAGAAAUCGUGGAAAAUGACAGCUUCAUGACGACCGAAGAGGUGCCCUCAAGCAUCCGUAGGCAGAGUAUCAGGGAAUCUACGGGAACGGGCGCGGGUGCGGCCAAACCAGCAGACCAGGAAGAGAACUCUGUAGAGCUCCCUGCCAAUGUGACUGCUGGGCCUCUUCGAGUAGACACAACUGGAAAGCAGCAAUCACCUAGGCAAGGCAAUUUUGAUCUCGAAAAGGUUUUCUCCACCGUCAAAUCUCCCUCGGGCCCGGUCCAACGUCGACCUUCGGCUCCUGCACCCUCGGCUGGCCCUGGAGUAGAUCCAGACGUCGAUCGUAUGCUGCAAGAAGACGGCGACUCGCCACCAUACUCACCAACCGAAAACAUCGACCCGGACGUGGUCUGGCAGGGGCAUCUUAAGAUGACUAACCUAGCGGAUUGCAAUAUCGUUGCCAAAUUCGCCGGGGGUGCCAACUUGCAACAGGUCAGAGGCAUAGAGUGGAAAGACUUGAUCCCGCCCCUCGUUACGGUCGCUGGGCGAAUCCCCGAGGACAAGGCAGUGCCAUAUCUGUGUGGUCUAAGGUAUAACAACCAGGUUGAUCUAGUCAUCACCAGCCUCGCUCCAGCAGAUCCAUCGGAUCCGAGUGCCAAGAACCAAUACUUGGCCGUGAUUAACUAUUUUCAGUCCAAGCAACGGUACGGAGUAGUUGGCGAGAGGCAACUUGGCGGCGUCAGAGAUACUUAUCUCAUACCACUCCCUGCAGGUGAUGGGCCUUUGCCUGAGAUCCUGGAGAAUAUCGAUGGACAUAUAGUUCCUCUUUCCCGACCGCAGCCAAUCCUGUUGAUGGUGUUUGUGGUGAGGGACGAUAAGCUACACUCUGAACAGGCGCCGCAACAAGCCAGCGCGCAGCAGGCAACGCCGACGCCUUCAGUUCAGGCCACUCCCACACCUGUUCCGGAUCGCAAGCCAUCAAUCCCUGCCCCCGCGUGGUCACCUGCUACUCCGCAAGGCGGCUUUCCUACUCCCGGCCUCCCGCCUCAAGCUCACCACCACCAAAGCCACACGCCAAUUCCUCCGCCAGUCAUACCUGGACAGCCACCGCAGCCAACACCACAACAACGGCAAGCGCCAGUUGUCUCAGCUCCAGCACAAGCAUUGCCACAAGACCCGAAUGCUCUUCGUCAAGCCCAGAUUGAAGGAGAGCAGAAGGCGCGUCAAGUGCUCGGCCCCCUUUUCACCAGUCCGACUGUCACAUUCCUACUCCCCCACGCUGCUCGCAUGAAGGAAGGCGAGUGGAAUGCGGUCAAGCGAUGUAUUGAGCGAGAUCCUCGAGCCAGGGAGGAUCUCAAACUGCUGAGUCGACUGCUAACGGAGGAGGGCAACAGUGCGAAACAGAAUGGGACUUCGCAGCCACCCGCUCCCACCGCGUCGCCGGCCGUUGUCCAGAAUACCAUAGCCGCAGCAGCAGCCACGCUGCCUCCCGGCGCACCACCGCCAGCACAAUCCAAGGCGUGA